CCCCCAUAGCUGCCCCCGCCUCCGUGCUCUUCCUUGGCUGCCCGCGGGUGGGGCUGAGCUGGGGCCAUGAGGCGCCGCCCCCUCGUUGUCCCUCCCUCCUCUCUCCGUUCCUAAAUCCUGCCCGGUCUCGUGGGAGGGCGAAGGGCCGCGGGAAGCGCCUCUCCCGCACGCCGCCUCCCCCUCGGGAAACUGAGCGCUCUGGUCUUGAGGCACCUCUCGGCCUUCAGCUCUCCCGUGCCCGGCGAUCUCAGCGGUUUCAGUGCACAGCUCUCUGCUGCCUGCCCUGCCUGGGUAGUCCCGGCGCUGGCGUCUGGAAAGAGCUGGUGGGUCGUGGCCCCGAGCCUUAAUCCAUGAGCGCCUCUCACCGAGGCGCUGGUAACGGGGAUUUCAAAUCUGAAGAUUUUGGUUGGCUACUCAGAUGUCUUUAGAGUAUCUUUGAAGACAGGUGUGGCAAGUUACAGCUUUGGCUGUUAAAAUGUAUGGUAAAAUGCCAUUACCUCACAUGUUUCUGGGGGCUCUCCUUGGAGUUGCAGGGGGAUUCUACAUCUAUAAACCAAUAUUUGAACAAUAUCACAGAAAACAGAAUAAAUUAAAAGAAAAGCUGCAAGCACCAGAAGUAGAAGAGAAGAAAGAAUAGCAGAGAUUACAUGGAGCUGCUUGGUGAUAUUGGCUUGGACACUGUAGACUUUUGUUCUGAGAUCAAAACAAAAUAACAUAGUCUGUUCUUCAAAAUGAAACUGGUUUAUCUUGGUGAAGAAUAAAUAUGCUUUUUAAUUAAUGUAAA